AUGUCAGGUUCGGUGCGACGACGCGCGAACGCGGGGAACUCGGGGGAGGGGAACGUCAGACGACCGCCGCAAGGUUCGGGGAGUCUGUUGCGAUUCUACACGGAUGAGAGCCCGGGGUUGAAGAUCACGCCCGUGGUGGUGCUUGGGAUGUCGGUGUGCUUCAUCGGGUUCGUGACGAUGCUGCACGCGAUCGCGAAGAUUUCGGCGUACACGUCGUCCAAGUCGGCGUAA